AUCUAUACAGGGAGGAAGCGGAUUUGCAAGGCGGGGGCUAGUUGCUUAUUUCCAGUAGGGGCGGAACUUUGACGAGGUGCUUGGGGAGGCGGGCUGAAGACAGCAUGGAUACCACUCAGGAGACAAUUCGCUUGGGAAAGCGCUGCUUUGUUGGCAACCUUGCUUGGAAGACGUCCUGGCAGGACCUCAAAGACAAGUUCAGGGAGGCUGGCAACGUUGUGUACACAAAUGUUAUGCGCGACGACGAUGGCCGGUCCAAGGGCUGGGGUAUUGUGGAGUUUGAGACUCCUGAAGAGGCGCUUCAUGCCAUUCAGAGCCUGAACGGUGCUGAGCUGGGCGGUCGGCGCAUCCUGGUUCGCGAGGACCGUGAGGACCGCGACAUCAAGCAGCUUAUUGGUUCAACUGAGGUUCAGCGUGCUCCACGUCCUGCUCGCGGUGGUGGCCGCAGCUCUGCCAAUGGCGGUCGUGGAGCUGGACGCGGGCGCGUUGGCGCUGCCGCCGAGGGCGCUGGCGAGUCUAGUGGGCUACAGAUUGUGGUCCAAGGGAUUCCAUGGUCAUACACGUGGCGUGAGCUCAAGGACAUGUUUGCGGAGAUCGGCAAUGUGGAGCGCGCAGAUGUGGUCACAAGCUCCGACGGCCGCAGCCGGGGCUACGGUACUGUCAAGUUCACAACGAAGGACGCGGCAGAGGCGGCUGUCACACGCUUCCACGAGAGCGAACUUGAAGGCAGGCGGCUCGCUGUGUUCAUUGACCGCUACCAGUGAACCCGUUCGCUAGAGGCCCAUGCUAUAUCGGCGUAGCGGACAUAACCGCAAGAUUCAUCUUGUUAAUCGCCAGCCAGGGAUUUACGAAUUGACAGCGGAUGAACGUGCAUUGAUGCAGGUGGGCAAUUCGGAAGUGAAGCAGGGCCCUAGCGCGCACAUUGUUACGUGUGUAGUUAGCAGCCCCUUGACCUAGGCUGUACAGGACCUGAUCGUCUAGUGGUGAAGGUUUCAGCGGCCGAAUUCGCUGUCAUUUUACCCAAGGAUUCGUGGUUAAGGAUGUCUCGGUUGCGAACGUGUGCAACAUGCCGACACGUGCUCGUGGGCUUGGGACAGGUUUGUGACCGUGUCAGUCACAACCCCAUGUGACGCGACCGUAGAUGGUACAUGGAUUGUUGUGCUGUAUGGUGGUAUCGAUGACUCCGUGUGAUAUGCUGAGGUGUGGAUACUAAUAGCGGCGAGCUAUGCACCUACACGACUGUGCAGGGCUUUUGGCGCUUACGGUGGAUGCAUGGUGGCAUACCGCAGCAAUUAGCCACACGUUUCGUUCGUAUCUUUCAUUGAACCGGGCGCACACCACCCUAUUUAGGCGUGCCGCCUCAUAUCUCAGUGCUUUCAGGACCUUCAUGGGUCUUCACCGAUUCCGAAGCCCCAUGUGCAUCAUCAUAUGCUACUAUGAUCGCGGCAACUGCUGUAACAACAUAUCGCGAUUUAUGAAGGUGAUGUAAGGCGAAGGAGUGGAGAUUCUUGCUAUGCUGACACCAACACUGGGUUGCACGGCAGAUGUGUUACCUGUUGUACGAGGUGUCUAAUGCAGGAACUUCGCGAUCACGCCGCUGUGGCGCAAUUGACUGUGAUUGUUGUAAGCGGUGUCAGACGUGGGCUGUCAGCAUUUGCUGCUUCCUUUAGAAUUUUAAAGAAGCGUUGGAAAUACAUAGUACACAACUGCCACAACAAGGCACGUCUGACUGGACUGUUGUGAUCCAUAGUGAUUCGGGCACUAGGUUGCGUACCUGAGCGAAGCAGGGAAGGUCUGAAUUUGUAUGAUUUGAGGAAUCUCACCAUAUAACUGUAAAUGGAAGGGCUAAUAAUUAGGAAUGACGAACAUGUGCGUGCAAUUGCUAAAACCCGUUUUACAAGAGUGUACCUG